AUGGUGGCUCAAGGUAAACUUAUACAUUUUGAGGUUGAACCUGUUAAACACAGUGAGGAAAUUGAAGAGAAUUCUAAUGUUAAGUUUGAGGACAUUCCAGUUGAAUGUACUUGCCCAUUCUGUAAGGAAGAUAUCGUUACCCAAGUGGAACUUGAAAGUUCUUGGUUUACUUAUUUUGCCUCAGUUGUCUUGUUUUUGGUAAUUGGUUGGAUAAGUUGCCCAAUUUUACCCCUGAUCUGGACUUUAAUACAGGACUCAGUUCAUACAUGCCCAAGAUGCUUAAACAAAAUAUUUAGAAACAGGCGUAUUAAAUGCCCUUCAAUUAAAUCUGAAAUAAUGACCCUUAAAUGUGGAAGUUGUGCGGUGGUCUUAACAAGAAGAUAUGUAAUUACUAUUUUACUAAUAUUCUCAACAAUAAUUAUUCUUACCACGCUUCGAACACUAUUAAAAGUAUAUGGUUUACCUGAUAUUGAGCAUGGGCCCCCUAUUGAUAACACAUGGAUGAUGUUUAUUGAGUCUUGCGGAGUUAAAUCAUAUUUAGGAAAUCCAAUUCGUGCAGUUAGAGAGUUUGAGGAUAAUUACCAAUAUAAAACGGUUUCUUGGACAGGAAGGGUAAUCAAAGUUCAAGAAGGGUUUUGGAAAAAACAUUUCAUUUAUAUAGGCAUGAAUCCGCCACAAAUUGUAACUAAUUCUGGCAAUCCAAUACCAGAUCUUGGCCUUACAUUCAAUGAAGAAUUAUUAUCUCAAAUUUCCAAAAUAAAACCUGGGGAUCUUUUAGACUUUAAUGCUACCUUGGUAGAAUUUGGUAAACGUGGACACCCUCAUUUUGGUCAAAUGUGGAAUUUUACAAAGUUGGAUGAUGAGCUUAAUAUGAUGGAUGUUCUCUUGCCAAAACAAAAGAGCUUACUGCUUAUGAUACCGCUUAUUGAGAUGAUGAAUCAACUGUCAGAACAACUCUCAAAACCUAUAAAUUCAGAUGAACAAGAUAGACAAUCAAAUACGCAUGACAGUGUUUUAAAUUCGAAUAUACAGGAUGUUAGAGAGUUUGAUGUAGGAAAAAGAUUUCAUGAUGAAACAUACAGACUACCAGAGUCAAGUUAUAGUUCAAUGGAUGAGACAGAAAAAAGCAUUGAUAAUUAA